AUGAUCGUUGAAACCCAUCAACUGGAUGGUAAUCAACUGGUGCAAGAGACAAUGCCAAACCUCCUGGAUAAUAUAGACCCGAUUAGCGAGGGCAAUCCCAACGCCACAGGAAAAAUGUUGUCGUAUAGGGAUAAGGUCAUUGGAGUGCUAUUGGAAGAAGAGGCUAUCAAGGUGAACGCCUCUAAUAAAGGAGGAUCGAGGUUCUUAGCGUUGGAGGAUCUUAAUGAUGAACUCCGAGAGGAUACAAGGGUCUUAGAAGCGGCCAGCAAGCGGAUGGAGGUUGACCAGGUAGGAUCGGUGGAGGUCAGCGGAGAGGAUAAGGAGAGGAGAGAUAUAGGUUUUACUUUUACCUUAUCUACUAAACUGGAUUUGAAAGUUGAAACCCGUCCCUCAGUCCGCUCCAAUGAAGCCCACCACAACAUCUCAACUUUCAUCUCCUUCCCAUUCUCGUCAUUCAACUGCCGGCCGCCGCCGCUUCUUUUCUCCCUGUCCCAGCUACUCGAAUCCGCCGGAGAGACAGUCUCACAUUUCUUCGCCUACCUCUUCCCGGCCGGCGGUUACAUGCUCCAUAUAGCGACAACACAGGUGGCAUUCGGGAUGCGACCGUGA